UGCGGAUCGGUUGAUUAAAAGUAUUGGAAUAUUAAUUUCAUCGAUCAGAACGACGAUGUCGGCAGAAAUUAACAAAGGACCCGUGGUGGGCAUGCGGCAUGUCCAGGCCCUACUGAUCUUCCUCAACAUAACUGUUAUGUUCCUAGGCCGGCUGAAUGUGGGCGUGUCGGUGGUGGCAAUGACCAAUGCGGAGACCACGAACCCGGACUUUCCCGAAUACGACUGGACAGAGGCGGAGAAAUCGUAUAUACUGUCCAGCUUCUUUUGGGGUUACAUCUUCACCCAGUUCCUGGGGGGAUAUCUGUGCAAGCGGUAUGGAGUCAAGAGAGUCAUGUUCUGGGGUGUCUUCGGAUCCGGUGUCUGCAGCGCAUUGACACCGCUGUUCAUCGGAUUCGGCGAAUGGCAGGCCUACUGCGGCAUUCGAGUGUUAAUGGGACUGGCGCAGGGAGUGGUUUUCCCCUGCAUCCAUCAGCACUUGGCCAGAUGGUCUCCUCCGAAGGAGAGGAAUCGCUUGGGGGCUCUGGCUCACACUGGAAUCGAGUGUGGCAACGUGAGUGCCAUGUUCUUCAGUGGAAUGAUAGCCAAGAGUUCCUUGGGAUGGCCCGGAAUUUCGUAUGUCUCGGCUGGAUGUGCCUUCUUCUGGUGUGCAGUGUGGUUCGGCUUUGCAGCCAACAAUCCCACAGAAUCUCGCUUUAUAGGAAAAGAAGAACUCCAUUUUAUUGAGUCAUCUCUCAAGCAUAGUGAAAAGUACCACAAGACCAUCAUACCAAUCCCCUGGAAGGCGAUUUGGACUUCGGCUCCAUUCCUGGCUCUGCUCGUAGUACGAUGCUCUGAAAACUGGGGACUGAGCACUCUGCAGGCCGAGAUCCCAUCCUACAUGAACGGAGUCCUCGACAUGGACAUGAAGAGCAACGCUUUCUUCUCAGCACUUCCAUUCCUGGCCAUGUGGAUCAUGUCGUAUAUUUACCUAGUCACAGCAGAUGUCCUAAUGAGUAAGAAGUCAGUCACAUUGACCGUGUUGAGAAAAACCUACAACACGUUAGCCUUCUGGAUACCUGCUGUCACCUUGGUUGGCAUUGGAUUCCUGGGAAAGGAUCAGAAGAACUACGCGAUUGCCUUGAUGACCAUCAGUGUGGGCGUCAAUAGUGGACAAACCAUUGGAAGUGUUUUGAACACCAUUGAUCUGUCCGAAAAUCAUGCCAGCAUUCUGAUGGGAAUUGUAAAUACAGCUGCGAAUUUUGUGCCAAUAGCCACUCCUUUGGUAGUUGGAUGGAUUGUUGAGGAUAAUUCUGAUCGGACAGAAUGGCAGAUCGUCUUCAUCAUCGCCUCCGUCUUCUUUUUUGUGGGCAAUUUAGUCUAUUUGAUCUUUGGCACAGCUGUAACACAACCCUGGGAUGCCGAGGAUUAUCUGCAGAUAAAGGAACCUGAGCUUGCUAAUGGUUCGAACAGCCAAAAGACACCUAAAGAAGAAUCUUCCUUUAAAAUCAACGAAAAUACCAGCAGAUAAUAAAUGCAAUAAGCUGUUAACUAUUUAUAUAAGAAAUUAGUUUUAGAUUAGGUGUGAGU